GUACCCAGUACUAAGACAACUCGAGAGUCCCCAGCUGGAGCAGCAGUGGCUCCUCUGGGUUCUAAGCUGUUGCUCCGGAAUCUUCGAGUGCUGAACUUGGGCUGCCAGGGGAAGGGAGGAUUUGGGGAGAUAUACUGCGUGGCAGAGCUAGACAGUCCCCCGCAGCAGAAGCGGACGAGGCCGGCGAUGGCUGGUAGUGCUGGUGCUGCUGCAGAGAUGGAGUGGAAUGAGGAGCUCUUUCUGGAGUUGGGACCUAGGAGUAAAGAGCUGAAACUGCAGGUGCUGGGGAACAGUGAUCGAGGGGCAAAUGUGCUGCUGGCACACGCCACGCUUUUGCUUGAUUCCUUGGGCAAACAGCCAUCUGGGAGACAGGUCUGCUCGCUGGCCUCGGGAGCUGGGAGGUCCCUGGCGGCCGAAGCUACCAUUAUAUUGGAGCUGCUAUUCCAGGAGUCUCCCGCAUCUUUGAACGCUCAGCACGCCACUUCGCUGCGAACCAGCAUCACCCCCACUAAGAAGGUGGAGAUGGACCGGACCAUCAUGCCUGACGGCACCAUCGUGACUACUGUCACCACAAUUCAGUCCCGGCCCAAGGCAGACUGCAAACUGGAUUCACCAUCGAGGUCGCCUUCCAAGGUGGAAGUGACUGAAAAGAAGACAACGGUGCUUCUGGAGAGCAGCUGCACUCGCGGCCCCUUGACUGGCGGUAGCUGGGAUAGCCAUAUGCCCAAUGGCUUGGAUCCGGUGGCCGAGACGGCGAUCAGGCAGCUAACUGAGACGAAUAACAAGCCUGCCAAGAAGACCCCGACAAAACGUAGCACGCUGAUCAUCUCGGGAGUUUCCAAGGUACCAAUUGCUCAAGAUGAAAUGGCACUUUCUCUGGGUUAUGCUGCAUCCAUGGAGGCCACGGCUUACGGGGAUUCUGCAGCAGAGGGCAUGGCCGACCGGACGCACGAUUCUGCCGAAUCGUCACGGCUGCCAGAAGCGUCGCCAUCAGGACAAAGAGCCAGUCAGGAGCUGGAUGAGACGACGCGAUCGGACAUCUCAGAGAGACCAUCGGUGGAAGAUGUAGAGUCUGAAACCGGCUCAACGGGAGCCCUUGAGACCAGGAGCUUGAAAGAUCACAAAGUUAGCUUUCUUCGGAGUGGUACCAAGCUCAUCUUCCGGAGAAGGAGCAAGCAGAAAGAAGCGGGCCUGAGCCAGUCGCACGAUGACUUAUCCAACGUCACUGCCAACUCUGCAGCCAGGAAGAAAGCCGGCAGUUUCUCCCGACGCCUCAUCAAGCGCUUCUCCCUCAAGUCUAAAUCCAAACCCAAAGCUAGCGACAGCACAACAGCAGCAGAGAACUGA